UGUGACAUUUCUACCAGCGAAGACCGUUCUUGUGUUUCUCUGAGGUGGUGGAUUCUGCCAAACAGUCGCUAACUGCAGUGUAGCAUGAUAGCCAAAGUUCGUCGUUAGCUAACCUGCUGUGCUAACAAAGAGCAAAAAUGUCAAAGAUAGACAAGAUGAGCAUCCUGGGGGUGAGGAGCUUUGGGAUUGAGGAUAAAGACAAGCAAGUCAUCUCUUUCUUCACUCCUCUGACAGUUCUGGUUGGACCUAAUGGAGCAGGAAAAACGACUAUUAUUGAAUGCCUUAGGUAUGCGACAUCAGGAGAACUUCCCCCAGGAUCUAAAGGAGGUGCUUUUGUUCAUGAUCCAAGAGAUGCCCACGAGACAGAUGUGCGAGCACAGAUUCGACUCUUAUUCACAGAUGUCAAUGGAGGGAAAGUAUGCAUCCAUCGCUCCAUGUCCUGCACUCAGAAAGCAAAGAACUACACCUUCAAAACCUUAGAGCAGGUCAUUACGAGAAUGAAAGAUGGUGAGAAAGUGAGCUUGUCCGCUAAGUGUGGUGAGCUGGACCAGGAGAUGAUUUCUGCAUUGGGCGUAUCGAAGCCUGUGUUGAAUCACGUCAUCUUCUGUCACCAAGAAGAGUCUAACUGGCCACUUAGCGAGGGCAAGGCGCUCAAAGACAAGUUCGACUCCAUAUUCGCUACAACCAAGUAUAUCAAAGCUCUGGAAACGAUGCGUCAGCUGCGUCUCAAACAUGCUCAGACAGUCAAAGAGUGUCAGGUGGAGCUGCGCUACCUGAAGCAGAACAAAGACAAAGCCCAACAGAUUAGAGACACCUUGGCCACCAAGGAGGCUCAGCUGAUGGCCUCAAAAGACAGCAUCCAGCAGAUAGAGAGACAGAUCGAUCCACUUGAGAAUGGGCUGAUGGAUAUUGACACAAAACUUGGGAAAGUAAUGAAACUGGACAAUGAUAUCAAGGCUUUAGACAGCAGGAAAAAACAGAUGGAAGAGGACAACAGAGAGCUGGAGGAAACAAUGGAACAGGUGUUCCAGGGUUCAGAUGAAGAGCUACAAGAGAUUUAUCAGAACCACCAGAGAACAGUGAGGGACAAGGAGAGGCGGCUGACAGACUGCCAGAAGGAGCUGGAGAGAGCUGGACGAGAGUGUCAGAGACUCAACAGAGUCAAGGCUGACCUCCUGGUUGAACAAGGCCGUCUACAGCUGGAAGCUGACCACCACACUGAAAACAUCAAGAACCGUGAUGGUCUGGUUCGCUCUUUGUCAUCCUAUCUGGAGAUGGAAGGUUACGACCGGACACCUUUCAGCACUCUUCAGCUUGAGAGUUUUCAUCGCCACGUCACACAGAGACUGGAGCAGGAAAAAGAGACCGUCAGUCAGGUUAUGGCGGACCUGCAGGAAAAGGAGCGACAGAAGCAGCAGUCAAUUGAUGAAAUGAGAGAUAAGAAGAGUGGCCUGGAGAGAACAGUGGAGUUGAAGAGAGACCUGCAGGGAAAGAAGCAACAAGAACUGAGGAACGUCAGGGCGGACCUGCAGAGGCUCGAGGGUUCUUCUAAUAGACUGCAACAACUAGAAAAUGAAUUGGCUAAAGCGGAGCGCGAGCUUCAGAGCGCCGUUCAGAGCUCCAACAUGGAUGAGCUGAAGGCUGAGGUUGUGGAGCUCCAGAGAGAAAAGACCGAACUCGACCGCACACAGAGGCAACUCGAUCAAGAGAUGGAGACGCUCAACACACACACAACUGCACGCACACAGAUGGAUAUGCUGAAAAAGGACAAGACAGAGAAAGAAGAGCAAGUACGGAAGAUCAAGUCUCGUCACAGCGAGGAUCUGGUCUCCCUGCUGGGCCACUUUCCCAACAAGAGACAGCUGGAGGACUGGAUCUAUGCCAAGUCCAAGGAAAUCAACGGCACCAGGGACAGACUAGCAAAACUCAAUAAGGACUUGGCAUCAGGUGAGCAGAAUAAAAGCCACAUCGCUGCUGAGCUGCGUAAGAAGGAGCAGCAGUUAGCCGGUGAUGAAGAAAAGUUCUUCAAUGUGUGCGGCAGUCAGGAUCUGGAGCAGGACCUGGGCAAACUGCAAGAGGAUCUGGAGAAGAUAUCCAAACAAAGAGCUAUGCUGGCUGGAGCCACAGCGGUGUACACUCAGUUCAUCAGUCAGCUGACAGAGGAGAGGGAGCCCUGCUGCCCUGUAUGCCAGCGAACGUUCCCCUCCGAGUCUGACCUGCAGGAAGUUAUCAGCGACAUGCAGUCUAAACUACGCCUGGUGCCGGACAAACUGAAAAACACAGAGCAGGACCUGAAGAGGAAAGAGAGGAAGAGAGAUGAGAUGAUAUCUCUCAGACCUGUAAGGCAGUCCAUUGUGCAAUUUCAGGAGAAGGAGUUGCCUGAGUUGAGAAACCGUCUCCAGGCUGUGAAUAGAGAAAUUGAGAGGCUGAAGAAUGAUGUAGAGGAGCAGGAAACUCUGCUUGGUACCCAGAUGUCUGAGGAGGAAACAGCUAAGGCCUGCCUGCAAGACAUAUCUCUGAUGGACAGAUAUCUGAUGGAUCUUAAAGAGGUGGAGAGGAAAAUCGCUCAGCAGUCAGCCAAACUCCAGGGAGUAGACUUGACCAGAACCGUCCAGCAAGUCAGUCAGGAGAAACAAGAAACUCAGCACAAGCUAGAUACCACUUCCAGCAAGAUGGAGCUGAAACGUAAGCUGAUCCAGGACCAGCAGGAGCAGAUUCAAAUGCUGAAAAGUACAGUGAACGAGACAAAAGCAGAGAAGCUUCAGCUGAGCAGUGACAUGCAGAAACAGCAGCAGCUGGAGGAGCAGUGUGUCGAGUUCACCACAGAGAUACAGGCCUUAACCAGGGACAUCAGGGAGGCAAAGGAACAGCUGUCCCCUCUGUCUGCUGCUCUGGAGAAGCUGCAGCAGGAGAAAGAAGAGCUGGUGGAGCGCAAGAGGCAGAGGCAGGAAGAAGGGCAGGAGAAGAUCAAUUCCAUCAAAGAGAGAAUAAAGGGGAUCAACAUCUUGGAAAGAAACAUCACUAAAUAUGUGGAUGAAGGAAAAGACGAAUACAAAGAGCAAAAAGAGUCCGAACUUCAAGAAACCAACACUCAGCUACAUGAGGCUGAGAAGCAUAAAGAGAAAAUUAACAAGGAGAUGGGAACCAUCCGUCAGGACAUUGACACUCAAAAGGUCCAGGAGCGCUGGUUACAGGACAACCUGACUUUGAGGAAGCGUGUGGAGGAGUUAAAGGAUGUUGUGGCCAAACGUGAGGCUCUUAUGAAAGACAUGGGCAACAUGCAGGUCUUGCAGCUACGCCAAGAACGUCGUGAAGCAGAACGUAAGCUGGAAGACUUGAAAAAGAACCGCAGCAUCGCACUGGGACGCCAGAAAGGCUUUGAGGAGCAGAUAAUGGAGCACAGAAAAGAGCUGCGAGAAGAUCAGUACAGCAAAGCUGAUAAACUCUACACAAACAAGAUGAUUACAAUGAGGACCACAGAGCUGGUCAUCAAAGACCUGGAUCUCUACUACAAGGCUCUAGAUCAAUCCAUCAUGAAAUUCCACAGCAUGAAGAUGGAUGAGAUCAAUAAGAUCAUCAGAGAUCUGUGGCGCAGCACCUACAGGGGUCAAGAUAUCGAGUAUGUGGAGAUCAGGUCCGAUGUGGACGAGAAUGCUUCUGCUGGAGUGAAGCGAAGGGUUUACAACUACAGAGUAGUGAUGGUGAAAGGAGACACGGCUUUAGAUAUGAGAGGACGUUGCAGUGCCGGUCAGAAGGUGUUGGCGUCUCUCAUCAUCCGUCUAGCUCUGGCAGAAACAUUCUGUCUGAACUGUGGCAUCCUGGCCCUGGAUGAGCCCACCACAAACUUGGACCGGGAGAACAUUGAGUCACUGGCACACGCCCUUGUAGAAAUCAUCAAGAGUCGCUCUCGGCAGCGUAACUUCCAGCUGCUGGUCAUCACCCACGACGAGGAUUUUGUGGAGCUGCUGGGGCGCUCAAGCUACAUUGAACACUUCUACCGUAUCCGUAAGAACCAGGACCAGAACUCUGAAAUCUCCAAGUGCAGCAUCAACUCACUCUCAUCCUAUCUCCACUGAGCAGACAAGUCACUCUAUGGACUCCUUUUGAAUGCACAGUAAUGCUUUAUCUUUUUGCUCUCGUGUUUAGUUUAGUUUUCAGACAGCAUGAAGAAAAUCCCCGUUCUGAUCAAUCUACUAACUGUCUACAAAGUUCACUGAUAUGAACAUUACUUAGCAGUCCCAACCAAAGAGACGUGCGUUCUCUACGUUCUGCUGUUAUGGUAUGGCACUAAAAUGUUGGAGUUAAACAAGUGUGAUUGCAUUUAUAGAUAUGAAACUAAAGAAUCUUCGGCAUUGUCAUUUUUUGGAUGGUAUUGGUGUUUGUAGUCUUCACAAAGUGGUUAUCAGGUGGUUCUGUUAUUAAAUUUCUUUUUGAAACACUGA